CCCCCCCGAGCCCGGUGCCUGCUGGGAGAUGUAGUUCCCCUCUCCGUCCGCCGAGCAGGGCAAUCCGGCGGCGCGCACGGCCAGCAGGCGGAACCAGCCCGUUUUGCAAAAACCGUCUCUCUCCUCCUCCCAUUUUUUUUUUGGGGGGGGGUCUUUGCAAGCGGGAUCGCGGGGUGGGGGUGCGGUGCAAGCUUUCUCCCGAGGAGCCGGCCCCGAUCCUUCCGCGCGGCAACCCCCUUGGGGCGUAGGGCCCGGGUGCGCGCACCUUCCCUUUCUGCAGGGUCUUCCUUCCCACGCCCCGCGCACCCACAGUUUUUUGGAGGGGAGUGUGUGCUUGUGUGUGCGCGCGCUCGCGCCCUUCCCUCUCCUCGCGCAGCCCAGGAUCGGGCGCAGGAGGUGGGCGCGCUGCGGAGCCUGCCGCUCCCCCCAGGAUCCGGGCCCACGGAUGGCCGUCGGGGCUGCCGCGCAGGUGCCAGUGCGGUGUGAGGACGCGGCCCUGUAUCUUGCCCCUGAGCGCUGGAAGGAGUGGGCAACACAUGAAGACGCCAUGCGGGAGAAUUACGGCGCCACCAUCGCUUUGGGAUCGCCAGUCACCAAGCCCGAGAUGGUUGCCCAGAUUGAGGAAGGCGGCCCGCUGCUGCUUAAUGGUCAGGGGGAUGUCCAGCCCAGGGAGCGGUCGGAUGCUGCCGACACAGGUUAGAGAAGCCAACAAACCCUUAUUGGCAGAAGUGCGUUCCUGGGUCAAGCACCCUCUUAUAGUGUCCAGUGAGAUGUUGGCCAUCUAAGUUGGCGGCCCUCACUAUCUCCUGUGGCAGGAAGUUCCUCAGUCUAACCCAGGGGUAGGCAACCUAAGGCCAGGGGGCCGGAUCCGGCCCAAUCACCUUCUCAA